AUGUCCGACGUUUCCAGAUCCAGCGAGUGUCGCGUCCAGGAUGGAUCGCCCUUCUUUACCAAGUUCCCUCCCGAGAUCCGCCGCUGCAUCUACCGCGAGGCCUUUGGGGAUCGCCGAGUUCACAUUAUUUCCAAAGAGACUCACUACAUCACUCCUCAGAAGGAUAUGUCGAUGCAUGUUUCACGCUGCUGGACGCACCAUGUCUGCGUCCGAGAGAUCCUCGACAAUGAUGAUGCUGCCCAUCCUCACCACGAGGACAAGGACAAGUCGUGUCGUCUGGCCACACAGAUCCUUCGCACCUGCAAGCAGGCGUUUGAAGAAGGGGUUCAUCUGUUGUACACCUCCAACGUCUUUGCCUUUGAUGGGGGCCACAACAUGAGCCACUUCCAAGACACCUUCCUCCCCGCCAGCCUCAUCAGAUACAUCGAGGUGUACUCGAACACCAUGGUUUUCGGGGGUGACGAUGUGAGACCGAUGGCAGGGGAGCUUGACACCAUCACCCAGGCCCUGGAGAAGCGGCAGACACCCGUCGAGCUGCGAAUCAACUUUUCAGUCAAAAGCUCGCCGAACUAUGACCCCCGGAAAGCCGAGGAAAUAACCCACGAGCGGGCGAUGGGUAGUCUGGUAGCGUGCUUUGCAGGAGAGUUCCUUGACGUCUUCUUCGGCGUGGACCGUUGUCGCCUGGACAUUGACCUGCACUACAGGCUGAAAGACGGGUUUGAAUACUCGCUGCAGAGGGUGGCUCCUGUCGGCUUGGGAACUCCACCUGUCAAUAUCACGUUCUUUCAUUAUGCUGAUGAAGAGGAUGAGGAGUUGGACGAAGAAACAGAGGAUUGA